UCUCUGUUCAACUUUGUCGGAGUUCUUUUACAAUACUGUUCAUUUGAUUUUUCCCCAAUUUUUUCUUUGAGGAACAAUUUCUUGGAGAUUGAAAAGCGUUUACUUCUUUCCCCUGUUUUUAAUCUUUAUUUUACGUGGGAAUGUGAUCUGAGAUUAUAUUUUGAUGUGUUCUAUGUGUUCUUGAGUAUUUUUGUUGACCCAUUUGUUUUUUGUUCAUCAUCCUGCUCUGUUAUUGAUGGGUUUUGCUGGAGGAGACCGCGAUGGGUCAUAAACAUUUUGAUUUCCUCUGUUUUAAAGUGAAAAAUGGGCGAAGCAAACGAAGCAGGAAGUAGAGGAUUGGAGAGGGUUCCUCUGCAAAUCGAGAAGUACCCAACAGAUCUGUUGCAGAGAUUUUUGUGUAGCGAUUCACGUGAUGCUAAACUUGGGGUUUUUAAUGAAGAAGAUGAAGAAGCAGGGGAGAUUGAGCUCAAUCUUGGGCUUUCACUUGGGGGUCGAUUUGGGGUUGAUAACAAUUCCAAGCUUAUUCGGUCGUCGUCGGUUGUCGGGACGAUACCGCUUUUGAGAGACGACGAGGGCUCUAUUCCGGCGGCGGUGUCUUACCCGGCGCUGAUUCGGACGUCGUCUCUUCCGCCGGAGACGGAGGAGGAGUGGAGGAAGAGAAAGGCGUUGCAGACAUUGAGGCGAAUGGAGGCGAAGAGGAGGCGGUUUGAGAAACAGAGGAGUAAGGAUGGUAUUGGGAUUGAAGAAGAGAGGCGAGGAAUUGAUGGUCUUACUGUAUUGAAUUUGCGAGAGAAAAGGCCUUGUGCCGGUGUGUCGACGGUGGUGCCACCGUUUGGGUUGCCUACAUGGGCUGCAGCCGCCCGUCAUGUUGGCGGAACUUUGGAGGGUGGUGGUGGCGGUGGCGGUGGCUUACCGGUUGUCCGACAGCCAGCAUCUCAGUGUUCCGCAGAAUCGCAGGGCGGAAGCUCGUCGGGAAUGUCGGAAUUGGACAGCAAACACAUCCAAGGAACAAGCAAUUACGGUGAAGCGAGAAGCUCGUCGCAAGAACGAGGCAAUCCAGAGGCUGCAGGUUCCAUAGGAUCGAAUAAGGCGUGUGAGAACCCAUCGGGCAGUUCGAAAGCAGAAACAAGAAACCCGAGCGAGAACCGGGGAAGGGAAACGGGAACGACGUCGAUGGAAGACAUGCCAUGUGUGUUCACAAUAGGGGAUGGGCCUGGUGGGAGAAGGGUGGAAGGGAUACUUUACAAGUAUGGGAAAGGGGAGGAAGUGAGGAUAAUGUGUGUAUGCCAUGGGAAGUUUCUGUCACCAGCGGAGUUUGUGAAGCAUGCUGGUGGGAAGAAUGUGGCUCAUCCGCUAAGACACAUAGUUGUCAAUCCCAAUUCUGGCCCUUCUUUGUGAACCCCAUCAAAUAGGAAACUUGGAGAUAUCCUUUGUUAUUAUUAUUAUUAUUUUAAGUUUCUUACCUUGUAGAGUGAGUUAUGUCUGGAAAGAGAUUUUAAAAACAGAGAUUUUAUUGAUCUUAUUUUC